GAUUUCUACGUGGAUGAAGAAUCUGGGCAAUGGAGCUGGUGAGGAAAAGUUCCGUCUCAUUCCAAUGAGGCGGCUUUCCGAAGAUCCCAUGGAAGUCAAGCUGGUCCAGACCAGGCGGCCUAAUGAGAUAAAGAAGGCAACUAAGACACCAGAAGAACGGAGAAAGGAGAUUGAGGUACGUGUUGCUGCUGCGAGGCUGUUGCAACAGAAAUCUGAUUCGCCCGAACCCCAGAAUGAGGAUGAGAGGGCUUUGGAAUCGUCUUCGGGGCCUCAUCGACUGGGAGAGCGUCGCAAGUAUGCUAAUUUGCGGAAGAUUGCCUCUUCUGUGGAUAGGAUGGAUCAAAUUCGAUGUUAUUGGAGUUCUAUGAGUCUUGAUAAAAAGCACAGUUUGCUAGAAGUGAGUGUGCGUGAACUCAGGGCUUAUUUCAGUUCAUCCAAGGAUGGUUUGGCAUCUGAUAUCCUAUCAGAAGCGCUCAGUUUUGCCGAGGCCAAUAAGACAUGGAAGUUCUGGAUGUGCUGCCGCUGCAAUGAGAAAUUCAUAGAUUGCGAAUCACACAUUCAACAUGUUGUGCGGGAACACAUGGGACAUCUCUCGCCCAAAUUGCAAUCUGUCUUGCCUCAAGAAGUUGACUCUGAUUGGGUUCAUAUGCUUCUUAAUGGUUCAUGGAAACCAUUGGAUGCCUCUGCUGCAUUGAACAAUCUUGAAAAUCAGUCGAAAUGCCAGCCCCAUAAUUUUGUUGAUGGUUCUGAUAUCAGGAAUUGUGCAGACAGGAUUAAGGAGGAAUCCAUUGCUGACAAUUGGUGCUCCAAUGUUGAAUGGGAUUCUUCCCCUGAUGAUGAGAAACCACAACUGUUAGAAGAUGGAUCCAGAACAGGGGAUAUUUGCAAUGGAAAUCCUGUGGGAAGUAAGAACCAUGAGGACAUUCCCAACUAUGAAUUAAGGGAUUUCGAUGGAAACCAGUGGCCUAAGGAAUAUUCACUUUCACAGAGUUGGCCGUUGUCUGAUGAUUCUGAGCGUACAAAACUCCUCGAGAGAAUACAUGGCAUGUUCCAGUUGCUUCUAAGACAUAAGAAUCUUGCAGCUAGCCAUCUUAACAAGGUGAUACAAUAUACCAUGGAGGAGCUUCAGGGUCUUGCUCCAGGUUCAUGGCUUUUGAACCAUGGCUUGGACCAAACACCUCUCUCUAUUUGCUUCCUGGGAGCCUCCCAGCUUAAAAAAAUCCUCAAAUUCUUGCAGGAGCUUUCUCAUUCUUGUGGUUUAGGCAGAUAUUCUGAGAAAUCUACAGAUGAUUCUGGCAGUGGCACCCCGGUGUGUGAAAUCAAAGAGAGGAUUGUUCUCACUGGUGAUUCAUCUUCUCUCCUAUUGGAUGAACGCUUACUGUGGGGUGAGCUUACUCCCAGCAUAUAUCAUGAUGCUUCAGCAGAUGAUGGUGCUGCUGCAACUUCUCUUGUUGUUGGUGAUCCUGAAGAAGGGGGGCCGACCGACAGUGAUGCUUUUGUAUCAUGGAUAUUUACAGGUCCAUCGUGUGGAGAGCAACUGGCAUCUUGGACACGCCUGAAAGAAGAAAAAACACAAGAAGGCAUGGAAAUUCUCCAGUUGCUAGAAAAGGAUUUCUAUCUCUUGCAGAGCUUGUGUGAGAGAAAAUGUGAGCAUUUGAGUUAUGAAGAUGCUUUGCAGGCAGUUGAAAGUCUCUGUCUUGAAGAACUUAAGAAAAGGGAGCAUGUCACAAAAUUUGUCCCUCGUAGUUAUGAAAACAUCCUGAGGAAGCGGCAAGAAGAACUUGUUGAGAGGGACAAUGAUGUGAUGUUCGUAAGUAGGUUUGAGUUGGACGCUGUAUCAAAUGUUCUUAAAGAAGCACAAAGUCUUAAUGUUACUCCAUUUGGGUACGAGGAACCUUUGACAGGUGUGGCUUCUCGUUUGUGUGACUUGGAAGGUGGUGAAGAAGAUGAUUGGAGAAUGCAGGACUACAUGCACCAAGCAGAUGCUUGCAUUGAGAUGGCCAUUCAGAGACAGAAAGAACAGUUGUCUGUUGAGCUUAGUAAAAUUGAUGCAAGGAUUAUGAGGAGUGCCACUGGCAUGCAGCAGUUGGAGUUUAAGCUUGGGCCUUUCUCAGCAUAUGAUUACCGGACAAUUAUGUUGUCUCUUGUGAAGUCGUUCAUGCGGUCGCACUUGGAGGAUCUGGUGGAUAAAGAUGCUACAGAGAAGUCUGAUGCUGCUAGAGAAGCAUUUUUAGCAGAACUUGCACUAGAUGCCAAGAAGAAUACCAACAGAGGAGGUGAUCACUUGAAACAGAUACUGGAGAGAUCGAAGGAUAAGAAAAAGAACAAGGAUUACAGAAAAACUAAGGAUUUAAAGGCUACUGGUGGUAGUGAGCAGCGUCUCCUUCAUCAGGCUGAACAAAUUUACUCUCCUGUUGCAUCUGAUGAAAAUCAUCCAUACUCUGAGAUUGCUGUUUCUGUAAGUAGUGAUGACUGGAGACAACAGGAGGAGGAAUUUAAACGUAUUAUUGAGCUUGAAGCUGAGGAAAGAAAGCUUGAAGAAACUUUGGAGUACCAAAGGCGAAUUGAGGAUGAGGCCAAACAAAAGCACCUUGCUGAGCAACAUAAGAAGGCCUGUGGGACAAUUUCAGAGGAUGUGGCAGAAGGUCUGCCUUGUGUUAACUUGAAGGCCAAUGCUGAUGAUAAGCUGGAUCUGUCAGGAGACAAGAUUAUAAAUAAUGAGGAAGGGACUGGGAUGCCCAGCAAAUCCAUUGCUAAUUCUGGCAACCCAAAGGUUAAGAGGAGUGAUAUGUACUCUCAUGGCCAAGUCAAGCAAGAUCAACCCAACCGAGGAAGUCCAGGAGAUGGUGUCUCUCCUUCUGAUCGACGGACAGGACGACAAAAUAAACGGCAGAACAACUCUACCAAAAACUUGCGAGCCUUGUCAUCUUCAAAAGAAAACCGUGAAGUAGGAGGUUCUCCAACAAAAGUUUCCACCAAAAACCAAGUCAGGGCUCUGGAGAACCUUCAAGUUGGUAACUUUUAUCCAUAUUCUGGAGACAAUGGAACGAAGACAUUGCAACAGCUACAUGCUGAAGAGGAUGAUGAGGAAAGGUUCCAAGCUGAUCUUAAGAAAGCCGUACGACAGAGCCUUGACACAUUUCAAGCACUUCAAAAUUUUCCAUUGGUUGCACAGCUAAAAAUGUCUGUAAAUUUAUCUUCAGAGGCAGAUGGUUGUGGGGCCUUGUCCAAUGAAUUCAUUGUCAGUGACAUGAAUGGAGCAGAUGCAUAUGGGACGGGGCUAAAAAAUGAAGUCGGUGAAUACAAUUGCUUUUUGAAUGUAAUCAUACAGUCUUUGUGGCAUUUGAGACGAUUCCGAGAUGAAUUCUUGAGUAGAUCAACAUCUGUUCAUGUUCAUGUUGGAGAUCCUUGUGUUGUCUGUGCAUUGUAUGAUAUAUUUACUGCCUUGAGCAUCACAUCUAUUGAUAUGCAAAGAGAACCUGUUUCUCCUACUAAUUUAAGGAUUGCUUUAAGCAACUUGUAUCCUGAUAGUAACUUCUUCCAAGAGGCACAAAUGAAUGAUGCUUCUGAAGUAUUGGCAGUAAUCUUCGACUGCCUUCAUCAGUCAUAUACUUCUAGUUCGAGUGUUUCUGAUACUUAUUCAGAAGAAAGCAAUUGCAUGGGCUCUUGGGAUUGUACUAACAGUGCUUGUAUAGCACAUAAUCUCUUUGGAAUGGAUAUAUUUGAACGAAUGAAUUGUUACAGAUGCGGUGUGGAAUCCAGACAUCUAAAGUAUACCUCAUUUUUUCAUAAUAUCAAUGCCAGCGCACUCCGAACAAUGAAGAUUAUGUGUUCAGAUAGCUCAUUUGAUGAGCUUUUGAAGCUUGUAGAGAUGAAUCACCAGCUAGUUUGUGACCCAGAGGUAGGUGGCUGUGGGGAGCUCAACUAUAUCCAUCACAUUCUUUCAAGCCUCCCUCAUGUAUUCACAACAGUUCUGGGUUGGCAGAAUACUUGCGAGACUGUAGAGGACAUAUCUGCCACAUUAGCGGCCCUUACCAUGGAGCUAGAUAUUGGCGUCUUAUAUCGUGGUUUGGAUCCAGGGAACAGACAUUGCCUGGUUUCAGUGGUUUGCUAUUAUGGGCAACAUUACCACUGCUUUGCCUACAGCCAUGAGCAUGAAAGGUGGAUGAUGUAUGAUGACAAAACUGUAAAGGUUAUUGGUGACUGGGAUGAAGUUCUUAUCUUGUGUGAAAGAGGGCACUUACAACCCCAGGUUCUUUUCUUUGAAGCUGUAAAUUAGCUUUUUAUUUGGUGAUUCUCUCAGUAACUACUCAGAGGAGGAAUUGCGUUCAUGCUGUGUCUAUAAUGGCGCAUAAAGUCAAUCAAUCCUGCAAUUCAGGAAGCUGACGGUUUUAGGACUAUAAUUUGUAAAGCAAUCCAAGUUUUGAAGAGGGCGCAAGAUUUUGUUAGAAUGACUUGCCCGCUGGAGAAAUACUAUGUACAUAAAGAGAUAUUGCUUCACUAUGAGGAAAGCAAAUCAGAGAACUUGGAGGAAAUUUUGACUUAAAA